AUGGUUCGGGGGCCCUUCACCUACUACGCCUACAGGCUCUACUCCGACCUGCAGGGCGCCCUCCACGAGAGCCGCAUGGACCUGGAGCAGGCCGCGCAGGCGGCCCACACGCUGGCCGGUGGGUCGAAGGCUGGCGACCUGCUGUCGUGCGCGGCCGACGACCUCAUGCCCUACGACCCGAAUCCCAACAUCCACCCGAUGGAUUCGAGGUCUUCGACGGACACGACAGCUCGGAGGAGAAACAGACCGAUACCGCUCAACGUCGCCACGGCUGGAUUCUCCUUGGAGGUGUGGUCAAACCGCCUUCCGAGAGAGGUCCAGGGAGUAGCGGUAUCGGUACCUGAUUGUCCCUCCUGGAAUUGCGUGGUCGUGCACUUCCAGAGGUACGCGCAGAUUGUUCGGGUCGACGCUGGCCCCCCUUGGUGGCGCCUCGGGCGCCGCCCCUGGCGCACUCCGCGCGCCGGGAAAACGGGAGAAGGUGGGGGUCUGGCCCCGGCCAGGAGAUCCGUGCAUACCUCCUACAGUCUAUGCUUACCCAUCGGUCGCCGAAAGUAG